CUAACGUAUUCAUUAUUGAUUUGUCUGUCAUUAUUUUAUAUCACCUCCAUGUAACGGCCAAUCUUCAUUCUCCAACGGUCGAAAUUGCAAAAUUUGAACACCCUUCGCACUAAAAAGGAAACCCCAAAAAAGACUCAUUUCUUACUCUUUAUAUCUCCAAAAUUCAUAAUUUGAAAACUUUCAUCAACAUUUUUGAGUAACAAUUCAAGCAAUUGAUUGAUUUUUUUUUUCUUUUUUUUUUCUCAUGGAAAACUGCAAAUUCGACGAAUUUACCAAAAUAGAAACCCUAAUUCCGGGCAUUUCAUCUUCUGGGGUUUUGGAUUGGGAGAAGAAAGAUCCACCUGAAAUUCACCAACAAGAUGUUAUGGUCGAAACAACCCUAAUUGAAGAAUUUAAGGAUUCCCAAAUGAACGAUUUUCAAGAAUUUUCUGGGGAUUCUAUGGUUUGCGACCCGAGUUCGAAAUUAGUUCCAAAUGGGUUUUCAAGAUCUUGUUGUACAGAGGACAUAAUCACAUUUGUUAAUGCUGGCUGUGAGGCUUCAAGUCAAGCAGAAUUGGUUGUAGAAUUUUCGGCAGAUGAUAAGUAUCUAGGCGGGGAUGUUACAAGGACAGAUGAAUGCAUAAUUGAGGCUGGUGAUUACCCAUUUGUAUAUCAGUCUGCACGAUUCGGGAACUUUAGCUACCAGUUCAACAAUCUUCCCCCUGGGGAUUACUUUGUUGACCUUCAUUUUGCUGAGAUAAUGUAUACCUAUGGGCCUCGAGGAAUGAGAGUAUUCAAUGUCGUGAUUCAAGAUGAGAAGGUUCUCUCUGACUUUGAUAUAUUUGCCGUGGCUGGAGCAAACAAGCCACUUCGGCUUGUUGACUGUAGAGUCACUGUUAAGGAGGAUGGUAUGAUCCUAAUAAGGUUUGAAGGUGUUCAUGGAAGUCCUAUAGUUAGUGGAAUUUGCAUUCGCAAAGCACCAAAAUUGGCAGAUUCUCAGGUGACGCAUGAAGUAUUUAGGUGUCAGAAUUGUGCAGCUGAAAUAGAAGUUCUUCUAGCUCAGGAAAAGGGCUUGCGACCGAAAUCGACAGCUAAGUAUGAGAAAAAGAUAGAAGAAUUAAGUCAGCAGUGUCAGCGCAAAACAGAUGAAUGCUAUCAAGCCUGGAUGUCUUUGACAGCUGCAAACGAGCAGCUGGAAAAGGUUAGAAUGGAGCUUGACAACAGAGUUUUUCCAGUCUUAUUCUCUAGACCAGACUGUGGAGAAAAGGCUGAAAGUUUAAAAGCUAUAUCUAGCAGGUACGAGCAGGAUAAGAAGUUCUGGAUGACAGCAAUAUCUGGUUUAGAAGAAAAAAUUAAG